GGGUGUGUGUGUGUGCGCCUCCGUGUCUCCGGUGACCCCGGGCUGUGCCAGCGCUCCUAGCUGCCCGCCCCGCCCUGCCCCGUGUGUGUAAGGCCUCGCCGCCUCCUGCAAACUUUAGCCGUAGUUUUACACAAGUCUUGCUUAAGGAGUUGCCGGCCCUUUCCCCGCUUGUAGCGCUGCCGUUACCGGUAGCGAGGCGUGGCCGCCGCGCCGCCCAAGGCGGUGCUGUUGGGGGCCGUGCAGCGAGCCCCGGGGAGGCCUGGCAGCGGGCUGGGGUUGCCCGGGCCCGCGGCCGUGCUGGGGCGGCCGCCCCUCGGCCGCAGUGCCAGCCGGCUGCCGGAGGGGCGGGGGCUACGCCUUCUAGGAGAAGGACGAGCAGGGCAUAUCGUGUCAUCGUUGAUCAUUCUAAUCGUCUGCUCCUCACGGUGCGACACGCACCUGUAUCAGCAAACCAGUAAACAAUGGUAAAGGAGGGCGAAUUUAUUAUGUUUCUGAUGCUGCAGGCAGAGGCAGCUCGCUACGCAAGCUUACAGCCUCGCUCAAAGCCCUGUUGCGUAUGUCACUGUAAGAAAGUUUGCUCUUGAGCGGAGACUGUAACCUGCAUGUAUGAUGAGAGCCAGUUCGGGCUGAGCAGAAAACCCUUUGCUGUCAAAUGGAUCAGGAAAUUCAUCUGGAUGGAAAAAAAAAAAUUCCUGCAAAGCUUCUCCUGUGUUCCUCCAUCUUCCUCCCAAAACUGACCCACAUGUGAUGCUUUUGAGGCUGGGGUUCUUUGGCUUGAUUUGCAGAGCAGCUGGCGCAGGGUAUACAGCAUGGCCCAAGCAGAGAAGAAAGGUGGGCUGCUCCGGAAAUCUUCAGCCUCCAAGAAGCCAUUGAAGGAGAAAGUUGUGUUGAUGUAUGAUGAAAUUUUCACGACAGAGGACCCCAGUAAAUGCAACCCCAGGUUUUGGGAGGAGCUGUUUCUCAUGAAGGUCAACUUGGAAUAUCUAGAAGGCAAGCUGGAGGCUCUGGAUGGGGAAGAGUUAAUGAAGAUAAAAGAUAACAUCAACUGCUUGUUUCAGCACUGCAUCCAGGCACUGGGUGAGGAGCACCCAAUCAGAGUGGUCAAUGCAUUACAGACGUUGUGUGCAUUGAUUCGGGGUGUCCACCAGAAGAACAAAUCCACUUCUGGGUUUGACAUCAUCAACAUGCUUGUGGGUUUUGAUAAGGCAGAGCUAUGUAUGAAGAAUCUGAUGGAGAGCUUGGACUCACUCCUCUGCGCAGAAGGUUCUGAAAGCCUCAAAAGCUUGUGUCUGAAGCUACUUCUGUGCUUGGUGACGGUGACAGAUAACAUUAGCCAGAACACCAUCCUGGAGUAUGUCAUGAUUAACAGCAUAUUUGAAGCUAUUUUACAGAUCCUGUCCAGCCCACUUAGUCGCAGGGAACAUGGCUAUGAUGCUGUUGUCCUCCUUGCCUUGCUGGUCAACUACAGAAAGUAUGAGUCAGUGAAUCCCUACAUUGUGAAGCUCUCCAUCGUAGACGAUGAGGCCACACUCAAUGGAAUGGGACUUGUAAUUGCCCAGGCUUUAUCGGAAUAUAACAGGCAAUACAAAGAUAAGGAAGAGGAACACCAGAGUGGUUUCUUCUCGGCUCUAACUAAUAUGGUGGGCAGCAUGUUCAUAGCAGAUGCUGAUGAGAAGAUCUCAGUCCAAACGAAUGAAGCGAUCCUUCUGGCCCUCUAUGAAGCUGUUCACUUAAACCGGAAUUUCAUCACAGUUCUGGCACAAAGCCAUCCUGAAAUGGGGCUGAUGACAACACCAACAAGCCCCAUUCCAACAACGCCUGUCACUCCACUGGGAACCACCCCGCCUUCUUCAGAUGUUAUAAGCUCUGCAGAGCUGCCGUUGGAUGCUGAUGUGCAAACUAGCAACCUGCUGAUAACCUUCUUGAAGUACAGCUCGAUUGUGAUGCAGGACACAAAAGAUGAGCACCGCCUACACAGUGGCAAGCUGUGCCUGAUUAUCCUGACAUGCAUAGCAGAGGAUCAGUAUGCUAAUGCUUUUCUGCAUGAUGACAACAUGAAUUUUCGAGUAAACCUACACAGGAUGCCAAUGAGACAUAGGAAGAAAGCAGCAGACAAGAACCUGCCCUGUCGCCCGCUGGUGUGUGCAGUGCUUGAUUUGAUGGUGGAGUUCAUUGUAACACACAUGAUGAAAGAAUUUCCUAUGGAUCUCUAUGUACGGUGCAUUCAGAUUGUGCACAAGCUGCUGUGCUACCAGAAGAAAUGCAGAGUGAGGCUUCAUUACACCUGGAGGGAGCUCUGGUCAGCUUUGAUCAACUUGUUGAAGUUUCUCAUGUCUAAUGAGACUGUGUUGCUGGCCAAGCACAAUAUCUUCACCCUCGCUCUUAUGGUCGUGAACCUGUUCAACAUGUUCAUCACUUAUGGAGAUACCUUCCUCCCCACUCCCAGCAGCUAUGAUGAGCUGUAUUAUGAAAUAAUUAGGAUGCAUCAGAAUUUUGACAACCUUUAUUCUAUGGUUCUAAGGCUUUCUACCAAUGCUGGCCAAUGGAAGGAGCCUGCAAGCAAGGUGACCCAUGCAUUAGUCAAUAUUAGAGCCAUCAUCAAUCACUUCAACCCGAAGAUAGAGUCUUACGCUGCAGUGAAUCACAUAUCACAGCUCUCCGAGGAUCAGGUUUUGGAAGUGGUGCGGUCAAACUAUGACACGCUGACUCUGAAACUGCAGGACGGACUGGACCAGUAUGAGCGCUACUCAGAGCAGCAUAAAGAGGCUGCCUUCUUCAAAGAGCUGGUUCGGUCCAUCAGCAUCAAUGUGAGGAAGAACCUUGCUUUCAACACGCUGAGCCAGGAACUGCUGCUGAAGGAAUUCUCUACGAUCUCUUGAAGCGGGGAUGCAGCUGCUGUGCAGGGCUGACCAGAGACGGGCCUGUCUGGGCAGGGACACUACAGAUCUACAGCCGGUCGCCCCUUGCCUUCCGCCUGCAGAAGGGACUGUGUUUCUUCUAGGGGAGAGCCUUGCUGCUGUGUGUUUGAUCCCAAAGGCAUGUGUUUCAAUAGGACUGGGGCUGAGGAGAGGUGAUCGGCAUGUUGAGGAGGAGGAUGAAGCAAUUUUGUAAAGUGCCGUGGGGGUGGGCAGCUGUUCCUGUGACAUAGCAGUGGGAGAUUCCUUCCGCAGCCUCAGGGAAGAUGCACUGGAAACCUUUGUAGCAGAGCUGGGGGGAGCUCACAACCAGAAUAGUAAAACCAGUCCAGCUGUGUGAAACAGUUCUGGGUUGAGAUUGCUCACCUGCUCUGCAGGGAAAGCUCUCUGAUCCCAGCUGAGGGCCGUUCUUUUCUGUCAGCCUUGAUCAAUGCCCUUCCACAAUAUAGGUCAAAUUCACUGCCAUCCCAUUGGGAAUGGCUUUGGCAUGUAAAAGUUUCCCCAAGGAGCAGGCCCCGCUCACUGCUGGCUCCUCGUGUCAGAAGGUGUCACUUGAACCAAGCCAUCAGACUACUGGAGGAGAAAUUUUGCCUCCAAGGCUGUUGGCUUACAGGGUUCAGCCUGAGCCGGUGUGCAAGAAUAUGGGCCAUCAAACAGAGCACUGUGUAACUGGAAACCAGCUCUGCUUGGGGUCACUGUUGCUUCCAGUAGCCCAGUUAAUCUCUGCUGUUUCUAAGGUUGAGGGACAUAUUUAGAUAUUCCAUUUUCAUGGGGCAGAGGACAGGCUGACUCACUCCCCUUCUUGCCCAUCAGAGACUGCAUUGCGACAAUCCUCCUCUUCCUCACAGGAACAUCCGCCUUGCAAGUGUUUGCAAGUGCCAGGUGACCUUUGUGAACGACGUCAUCCCUGGUUUUUCCCUUGUGCGUAGCACACAAUUAAAACGCAGCUGGAGAAGUAGUUACUUCACUUUCUCACUUGCCCUCCUGUCUUCACCAAGCGACUUGCAGCUACAGUCUGCUGAGAACUUCCUACGGAAGAGCUCUGGGAUGACGCUCUGGGGCACAGGCAGACCGUUCUGCUCCAGAGCCAGUGUUUCAGAGGUGCCCAGGUCUGGCAGAGCCUGUUCCAAGCGCUGUGUCAGGCUGCCAACUCAGGAAUACGCAGCAUAAACACCCAUUCCCUGCUUGUGCAUUUUCAGCUCCCGGCAAUGAUGUUAGGGUCUGGCCUGACUUGGUGGACUGAAGUAGAGAAGUUAUUUACAUCCCAGAUCCACUUUUUUUCACCUCCCUCUAGAAAACAGUUUUCUUAAAAAAAAAAAAAAAAAAAAAAAAAAAGUGCCUAGGCCCGCUCUUAGACUCAUAGGUUAGUGUGAGUGAUGUGAAUGUCAUGCUCAUUCUCAGCCAUUUUUAGGCAAGGUUUAUCCAUGCUAGUGUGUGUUAAUUGUGUUAAUGUUUCAUCUUUACCUGCCAUGAGCAUGAGAAACUGAAAGCUGUGUCCUUGGCCACCCACUGGUCACAGCACCGUUUAUUUUCCUUUAGAGCACCAGCUUCUCCCAGCAGAAAAUACUUUGCCUCAGCAUGGAAUUGUCUGCUUUUAUCAGCUAAGUCAGACACUUAUUUGUUUUCCUGCCAUGCAAGCGUGUGGAAAUGUGUACACGUCAGAGGGACGGUGCUUGGAGGAGCAGGCAGGCUCCAUAAAAUCACUCUGCUUGAGAACAGGCCAGGGCAUGUAGAAGGAGGCCAUUUCUCCAGUGAAAAAUGAGUAAGAAUAGUUUGCAGCACAUGGCACUUGUCUGUAUGUGUGGGGAGCUCUUGCUAGAGCAUCUCGCCUCUGACAAGGGAGUUUCUUCCCCAAGGGGGCUUGAGUUGCUUCCUUGAGGUGCAGACCCAGCAUUGCUGCUGUCGGAGCAUCGAGUCACCCAGCUGUUCACGUGUCUCCUUUUCUCCAGUUCUGCUUAGGCUGAGACUAGACAGAUAGUUGAGGGAGCUGGGGAUGAGUCUGCCUCGGCAACCUCUGGGAUUUUCAGCUUUCCACUCUGGGCUCAGCUAUCAAAGUUCUCAUGUCCCCCAUGGUGCUCCCUUGCUGGGAUGAACUAAGAAGCCUAGGCUGCGACUGGGAACAGCUCCUGAGGUCAGCCCUCGUCCAAAGCUGAGCUGGGGAAGACUGUGACACACGUCCCCUUGUCAUGCUGUCACCGAACCAAGCACUGUAAAUGGAUGUACAUACAAACCUAGAGCUCAAUAAAUAGCAGAGCCCUGCC